CAGACAAACGCUGUGUCGUGUUUCCCACUGUCUAAAUCCUCUAAACUAGAUCAUUCUUCAAGAACAGAAUCGACAAGAAAACGUCUGCAGUACAUCAAACUAAUAACGACGAUGCACCCAUCUUUCCUGAUUGUAGUAACAAGCUUCCUGUUUAACUUUCCAGUUUCAGAGACGGACAAGAUGUGGUGUUCUGAAUACCUUCUGUCUGGUUUUUCUGGUGUUCCGAACGAAGCGUUUACGGCAUCUAGUUCCUUUUCGGGACAAGACGACUUUAGUCCUGAUAAUGCUCGACUGUAUUUUGAAAGACCCAAUCUCGACAGCAGUUCUGGAUGGUGUACCAAUCACAUAAACGAGGAAUCCUAUAUACAAGUAGAAUUUGAAACCGAAGCGACAGUAGAUUCCGUGUCAAUACAAGGUCGUGGUGACUAUUCACAAUGGGUGAAGACAUUCUACCUAUUAUACAGUAUGGACAAUGUUACCUGGACAAGGGUGAUGUCCUCGGACAACAACCCUGAGUUGUUUACUGGCAAUACGGACCGCAACACUGUUGUUAGACGUAUCAUCAAUCCCCACAUCACAGCCAAGUACUUCCGGGUCAAUGCUAGGACGUGGCUAAGUCGUCCUUGUCUAAGGUUUGACCUUGGCGGAUGUAAACCUAUGGUGUUGAGUCGAUUCGCCCUAGCCUCCCUACGAUCUAUGUCGACCUUGGGUCAGCCCAUCAGCCUACAGCCACCUGACCCCUCCGCCCAUCACUGUGGUAUCGCCUGUCACAGACAGACUGGCUGUGUGUCCUUCAGGUUCGACGCGACGACCCAAAAUUGUCACGGAUAUACCUCAAUCAGGAAAACGUCUUACUCUAGACAUGAAAUUCCUUACUACUACAACACAGUGUACAAUCGGGGAUACAAGCAUGUCGAUGCUGGAAACUUCUCCUACAAAGUGAUUGAGCUGAGAAAGAACCAAGUCAAUGCCUCAGAGUCGUGUGUCUCCCAGGAUGCCUGGCUGGUGAAGGUUGAAACACUGGACCGUCUAACUAUCCUACAAACUGAAAUACAAGAAAACAACAUUUUAAAACAAGAUUUUCGAUUCUACGUCUCCGGACAGUACACAACGCAGUGGCAGGACAGUGAUGGUUACGUCAUCGACUCAACACUGUGGUCACCUCCGAACCCUGACCCCGCACAAGGUCACUGUGUCAUGUUGACACAGAGCGGUCUAUCCAGUGUCAACUGCACGCUGCCGCUGUUUUUUAUAUGUGGAUAUUAGAAAAUGGAGGCGCGGUAUUCUAGUGGU